AUGCCGCCAAAAGCUGCCUCCGCCACCGCCGCCUCCAAAAGCCGCCUACGCCACCUCCGCCUCCAAAAGCCGCCACUGCCACCGCCGCCACAAGACAGCCCGAGCUUCGUAUUCGAUAACCCCCAAGUACCCCCAGAUGUGACCCCAGUAGAACCCCCCGAUGUGACCCCAGUAGAACCCCGAUCCCUUAAUCUAGAGCCCUCAGCCAAGGACCCUCAGAGACCUCAACUUCGUCAGGAUGUCACCACCAGGUCCUACCAGUUGUUGGCCCGGCCCAUCACCCUGCAGACACGCCUCUCAUCUUGUAGACACGCCCCUCAUCCUGUAGGCACGCCCCUCACCCCGUAG